GACCUAAGGCCGUCAGGGGGAAAACGGGAAGCUCUCCAAAAAAGCAAUUCCUUUUCUUUAAGGAAUUUAAAGCUGUGUGGGCUGAGCCGCAGUGGCUUAGUGUGUCUCACACUCUCUCCCUCUGAGCCACGCUCUCUCCCUCGCUCCUUCGUUCCUUUGCUUCACUGUCUUCUUCACCUUCCACCUUCCUCUAUCUCUCUCUCUCUCUCUCUCUCUCUUUCUCUCUCUUCCUUUGUGAGUGCUUCGGGCUCCUCUCCUCUACCGCCGCAACCAUGGAAGCCAUCAAGAAGAAGAUGCAGAUGCUGAAGCUGGACAAGGAGAACGCCAUCGACAGGGCGGAGCAGGCGGAGGCUGAUAAGAAGGCGGCGGAGAACAAGGCCAAAAUGGUGGAAGAGGAGUUGCUUACUCAGGGAAAGAAGCUGAAGAACACUGAGGAUGAACUGGAUAAAUUCUCCGAGGCCCUGAAAGAGGCCCAAGAAAAACUGGAAAUGGCGGAGAAGAAAGCUUCGGACGCAGAGGGUGAUGUCGCUGGACUCAACAGACGGAUCCAGCUGGUUGAGGAGGAGUUGGACCGGGCACAGGAACGUUUGGCCACCGCCCUGCAGAAGCUAGAGGAGGCGGAAAAGGCAGCGGACGAGAGUGAGAGAGGCAUGAAAGUCAUUGAGAACCGCGCGAUGAAGGACGAGGAGAGAAUGGAAAUCCAAGAGUUGCAGCUGAAGGAGGCGAAACACAUUGCGGAGGAGGCUGAUCGCAAGUAUGAAGAGGUUGCCCGUAAACUCGUCAUCCUGGAGGGGGAGCUGGAGCGCGCCGAGGAGCGGGCUGAGGUCUCGGAGAUGAAGUGCGGCGACUUGGAAGAGGAGCUGAAAAACGUUACCAACAACCUCAAAUCCUUGGAGGCUCAGUCUGACAAGUACUCUGAAAAGGAAGACAAGUAUGAAGAUGAGAUCAAGGUUCUGUCUGACAAGCUGAAGGAGGCUGAGACUCGCGCUGAGUUUGCUGAAAGGACAGUAACCAAAUUGGAAAAGACGAUUGAUGACCUGGAAGAUGAACUCUAUGCCCAGAAGCUGAAGUACAAAGCUAUCAGUGAGGAACUAGACCAUGCCCUCAAUGACAUAACCUCCUUGUAAAUGCCCUUCAUUCUCCUUCCCGUCAACUUUGGCCCUAGUGCAUUUCACUCGUCUUAAUUUUACUUCCUUUAAACCUCUGCUAAUCUGUACCAUUUUAGCAUUCAGCUCUUUACAUCAGCGUCCUCUCCUGUUGACCUUGCUGUCCAUUCUCUCUUGUAUGAAAAUAAAAUAAUACUUGGAACUUU